AUGCCUGGAACGCAGAAGCGCCAAAGUGCCGGCGCUGCUACCUCGCCGUUGCAGCAUGCGAAAGAAGCCUGUGCACUCACCGCCUCCCGCUUUUGCUACUUCUGUAUCCCUGACAUGCUGAGACGCCCAUGUGGUCAAAUGAUUUUCGAAUUACAACCCCGCGCCACUCUUAGCUGCCCGGUGCCGAUGAUCUCUUCACGUACGGCCCACAAGCAGCCCUCUUCAAGCGUCAAGGCGAAUGGGCUUCUCCAAUGGAAGCUGGUGAUUUUAUCACGGUCUGGCUCUGCCCAACAGCAGCAGGGCCCUGACAAUCUCCUGGCUUUUGCAACCUUGUCAAUCUCAUAG